AUGGUUGUUAAAGUUUUGAAGCAAACUUCCAUUGCAAGAAAUGGUGUAGGUGCGUUUAUUCUACCUUGUAAAAAGAUCACUCUUCAAUACUGCAACUGGGGUGGGUCAUCGCAGGGCCUAAGGGACUUCCUAACUUCUAAAAGAAUGAUACAAUGGGCGGAGAAGUACCCUCAAAUACAGUUUGAAAUAGUUAGAAAGUCUGGACACCCGGUUAUCAAAGGUGACUAUAUUAAUGGUCGUGAGAAAGCUAUCUGUGUGAAAAACCUCAAUAUCGACAACGUUGAGAAUAAGUUAAAGCUUAUCAGAGACUCUUCAGGCGAACAACUACGUCAUAGGACUAAGAAUGAUAAUGUGGAAACUAUGAAUGACAGUGUCAGAGGUAUAUGGUCUCCAUUACAUGUCGACCCUUCUGUAAGACACAGAGUUUAA